AAUUGAGCAGAGUGUAAUCGUAUACAAACAAUUCAUUGCAAGUUAAAUCGUUUUUAAUCACAAAGUAAGAAUAAGUUCAGUGAAUUAAAAUUGUUGUAGAUAAAUCAUCUCGUCUAAAUUUCAAUAAAUUAAAAGCCGACAACAGAUGGAGAAAUUAGUCAAGCCAACGAUGGAUACGGCGAAAGAAUCACGAUUGCAGCGAUUAAUCGGCGACACAAAAACCGUAAGUCGGUUAAAGUAUCGUGAAACGUUAAAAUCUGAAAGACAUAAUCAGCUGGUGAAACCAAAAACGAGUCCAUUGCCAAUUAUUUUACCUUCAAAUGUCUGUGAAAAGGAUUCAAAGUGCUGGCGUUGCGAUGUCGAUAAAUUUGAGUUUACGAAGACUGAUGAUUGGUGUUUAGAAGCAAUUGAUGCGCUUGAAAUAGAAAUUCCAUCAAAAAAGUGGUUUCAUUGGAUGACUUCGUCUUUCUUUUCAAUUCAUGCUAUUCUAUCAAAUUCCAUGAGUUCACUUGUUAUUCACCCAGCACACAUUAAAAUGUUGCACAAUAUUCGAGAAAAGAAGCCCGAAGUGCCGAUUGUCUUCGUUCUAAAGUCAGAGAAUGUCGUUCUUGAUCUGCUGAUGUUGAACUACAUUUUUUAUGUCAACAAACUUGAAUUUCCCUCAACAGUCGUCGACAAAAAGCUUCAAAACAUUCCAACCGUUGGUGAUGUUUUGCAACAUUUUAACUUGACGUUUAUCGACGAUGGUGAUAAAGUCAAUGAAGCAAAACUAACAAAGCAACGUCUUCAGGAACAUAAAACACUUCUGCUUACGAUGGAUAACGAAGGAAAUGAGUUGAAAGAAGUUUUAAACGUUUGUGACUUUGGUUUAUCGAUGGAAAUCUUCAUGUUGCCUGUUACCAUCAGCUCGGAGAAGCAGCGAUGUCAGUUGACGAGUUUCAGUCAUUUAAAGGAAAACUUGGGAAUUGUGAAAGUGAAUUUUCAUGAACCUUACAUGAUAAAAGAUUUCAUACAAACUAAUGAGUAUGAUGAUGAGCAAAAUAAAUUGAAUAACGAUGUAAAAUUCUUGAGAAUCAUCAAACAUUUAAGUUACGACAUUGAUAUGAAACGUCCAAUUAUGUCAACAAAUUUCGUCGCAUUUUUGUUGCUUACUUGGUAUCGUGAUGGCGCCACAAAGAGAGAUUUAUCUGAAAAGUUAGAUGAAAUACGUGAAAGUCAUCGAUCAUUAGAUUUUGCUUUUGAAGGAGAUUCGGAAGAGAUUGUUGAGCAUGCAAUCGAUAUGUUAGGACGUCGUUUGGUGCUUCAUCAAAAUGGAUUUUUUAGACCACCAAUUGGAAUGAUCGACAAUAUUGUUGAAUUGUCAAGCUAUGCACAAGUUUUGACUCCUUUCUUCCUUUUUAAAUCUGUCGUCGUUACUUCAGCUCUGACUUUAAAGUCGAAAGGAAGAAUCAUUGAUUAUGAAGAUGUCAUUAAUCUCAGUCAAUUCAAAUGCAAUAUUUUAAGUAUCGAAUAUCCAAUUGUGAAGCCUUGUGAAAAUAUUCCGCACAAGAUUCGUGAUGCCUUCGAAGGUUGCGUUUCAGAUGGAUUAUUGAUAAUGCCGGAAGAAAAAACUAAAACAGAAAACGAGAUGAGAGCAUUGAGAAUCGCAAAGAAUUUAUUUGAUGACAGCGAUGAUGAGUCGAGUGAAGACAGAACUCCGUGUAAUGAAGUCAAAAUAAAUGAAGAGUUGAGAGAAGAAAUCCAGGCGAUGAAGAAAGUCGUCAUGCCAUUCCUUGAAAUGUUUUUUACUGUUGUUUGUAUUUUGGAGAAAAUUCCGGAAGAUAGUCAAGAAGAUGAGAAUAAAUUCAUCGAAAGAGCUUUGCGAGCUAUGCGAGAAGAAUGUUUUGACUUGAAUCACUGCAAGACAUUAGAAAGCUGCUCAAUAAAAUGGGUUCGAAGUAGCCUUAAAUAUCUCGAGGAAACAAAUGUCAUCAUUGUAAAUCGAAGUGAGGCUGGCAACUUCAUCAGCAUUCAUCCUGAAUAUCGACAAAAGAAGUUUCAAAAUUUUUUGAAUGAUAUCGAAAGAAUCUUCGAAGCUUAUUAA